AUGCUGAAGAAGAUGAUGGCUAUGGUGGCAUCCAAAGUUAUGGCAAUCAAAGACAGGAUGAGAGCCAUAGAGACUCACCUCAUCAUACAAUCGCUUCUCUUGCGAGACAAGAGGAUGGUCCGCCACCUCUUCCAUCGGAGGAAUCAAGUUAAGCAGUUCGACAUAGUUGAGGAGGAUGACGAUGUUCUCCUACCCGGUGAUCCAGAGUUUGCUCUAAGCAACUCUGUUGUUACGUCACCAGCAAGCAUGGUGCAGGUAGCAGAGGAGAUUGAGGACACCAUGGAUAUGGAAGACGACUACGAUGAUGUUUACACGGAGGAGGAGGAGGGGAAAGGGGAGGAAUUCAAAUUGGAGGAUGAUAUAGACAAGGUGGCUGACCUCUUUAUCCAAAGAUUUCAUCACCAGAUUUGGCUGCAGAAGCAACAAUCUGAGGAGGGGAUCCAUGCUUGA